AUGGAAGAUCGAAGCAAUAAAUGGUUUAUGUCAUUACUUUUCACAAGGAAGACAUCCAUCCGAAUUCUUGAAGUUGGGCUUUGCAAAGGUGAUAAGCUAUUAGAGUGAUAUGCAAAUGAUAAUGGCAAUCAGAUCGUUAAAAAGCCAGCCAAAGUUCUAAGCAGGGCAAAAUUUUUACUGGACCAUUUCUUGAAUGUUCAAAUCCCAAUUUUAUCUAAAUUCCAGCCUGAUCAAGUUAUCGCUUAUUUAUACCAUAGAAAAGGAAGAAACAUUGUCAGGGCGAAGGAUGUCAAUGAUUUAUCAAAGUAUCAAUUAGGAGGGUUGCAAGUCAGAAGCAUUCAUAUGGCACCCCCUGGAACUUUUUCACCGAGAAUUUUUAGAGUCAAAGCUUGUGAUGAAAAUACUUAUUUAAAGCAAGACAUUGUGAGUGUUCAUUUUUGCAAAGCUCAAGAGACUGCUGUAACUGACCAAAAUAUUCGAGAAAAAGCUUUUAACAUGACUCUAAUUAUUGCUGAGCUAUUAUAUAAAGCAAAGCAGGAAUAUGUUGACAGAUUAAUAUAUGAUCUGGCUAUUGACAAUAAUGGUCAGCUGUUUUUUAUAAAACUGGUCAGUCUGAAAACUAUACAGACCUUGAUGACGCUAGAAAGAAACAGAUUUCUGCUAUCAAGGGAUGUAUACACUAGAAAACGAAAAACAGUUAAAAUGAGGCCUGCUAUUGAAGAAAUCCCUUCCCGUAACACCUCAAAUUCACAAGAAAAAGAUAAGGUUCCAACAAGAGCUUCAAGCUUAGCUCCAAAGCUGAAACUAUCCUUAAGCCCAAGAGGGGAAGUCAAUAAAGAUUUUUUAGAAAUGGUUGCUGGUACAUUUGAAAAAGAAAGAAGCCGAAAGAUAAAAAAUGAAAAAAUAAAGGAUAAAAGAUUUUCAAUGGGUGGAAACGAAAAUGAGCCGAACAUAAGACUUUCCCCAGUGCCUGAUAUCAAAACAGAUCACUCGAAAAAAGAAAACAUAAACAAUAUGAAAGAUUUGCUAUCAUUUAUUGAAUCAACUAGAAAUCCGAAUUGAUCCAGAGAUGCACUCUAUACUCAAAGAUCACACCGAAAAUCAAAAACCAUAUGCAAGACCCCACUUUUAUUUUCUACUUACGAUUCAAGGCAGUCUGACACUUUUAUGCUAAAUAACUCUCCAUCAAGUUUCAGGAAGUUAAAUUAUCGUGCAGUUUCAAAUAUUCCUAUAUGCGGAUGCCUAACUUCAUCAACGUCAAGAGCAAGCUUAUUAAAGCAAUAUAUGGAAGAAAAAGAAAUUUUGUAUAGCUACAAAUAUCCUGAUUUUGAUAGUAAGCUGUCAAGCCCCUUGAAAUCUCCUGUUUCAUGCGCUUCACCUGUCAACUUUUCUACAAAAAAAUUGAACAAGUAUAAUUAA